AUGGGCCCAAAUAACAGACAGAAGCAUGUGGUGAUCGUUGGUGCCGGUGCGGCGGGCAUGUCGUGUGCUGCAACUCUUGCCGAACAUCCUGACAAGUUUAAAGUGACUGUCAUUGAGAGAGGGCCAGUGACCGGCGGGCAGGCCACGUCGAUUUCCCUCGACGAGAAGCAAUUUGGUGCUGGCUGGAUGAACAAUGGAGUUCAAGGAGGAUCUCCUAUCUUCAAACAUACUUUUAACUUCUUCCAUAAAUAUGGCCACGAUCCUAAGGAGGUCAAGUUGCAAGUUUCAUUUGGCAAGGGAAAGGAUGGGUUUUGGACCAAUUGCUUCCCUAGUACUCUGGUUGAGAAGUACUCCUCAGACAUCAAGAAAUUCGGCUCCCUGAAACUCGUGAAGUGGACGAUGCCCGUCCUGGGAUUGGUUCCCAUCCGGGUCAUGCUACGCCUGAUGUUCUUCAGCAAAGACUUUGGCGACAAGAUGGUCUAUCCUCUCAUUGCGUUGUUCCUAGGAACCGGCAAUCAGACGGCAAAUGUCCCGUCCGCCAUCGUGGAACGCUUGUUUGAUGAUCCAAACAUGAAGUUGUGGGACUACGAUUCGGAGACUCUGCUCCCGAAUCUUCCCAAGAUGGUGACGUUCGACAACCUGAAUGACUUCUACGAAGACUGGCGGAAAGAUCUGGUCUCUAAAGGCGUCGAGAUCCGUCUCAACCACGAGGUGACGCACGUUCUGGCACGCUCAAAGAGGGGCGUAUCUCUCCGAACAGCGCCAGUCCAAGGCGGCGAAGCCACAGACAACGCAGUCCAGGAGGACUUCGACGAUAUGGUCCUGUGCGUCCUCGCUGACGAUGCGCUGCGCAUUCUAGGCAAGCACGCGUCCUGGAAGGAGAACUUCGUUCUUGGCGGCGCCGCCUUCUACGACGACAUCACGGUCACGCACUGGGACAGCGACUACUUCAACAAGCACUACGAGACGCACUUUGACCCAGAGCUCUGCGCAGAGCCAAAGUCCAACAGCCAACAGGAGCAGGUAUCCUUCGCCAAGGGCCAGGACCCGUCUGCGCCCGGCGGCUUCCGCCCGAUGUACUACACCAAGACCUACGGCCAGGACCCCAAGAAGAUCGAGAUGAGCUUCGACUGCUCCAACUACCAGCACCAGCUGCUGGAGGCCACGGGCGCCAAGGACGACCGGGGCUACGCGCACGUGUACCAGAGUAUCUUCCUCAACCAGCAGAACGAGAACUUGUGGACCUGGAAGGAGAUCGACGAGGGCAAGAUCAUCCAGCGCAAGUGGUGGCAUCAGCUGGGCCACCGUUGGCAACAUUAUCUCCGAGUUGUGCCUGGUAUGAUGUUCCUGAAUGGCGAGAGCAGUACCUGGUUUGCUGGCUCGUGGACCCUGGUGGUGAGCACCAUAUCCCCUGCUUGA